CCGUUCAGUUGAGUUUUGGUUUCUGCCGCCAACGGUUAACAAGUCGAAAGUGAGCGCGUGCCGAGCUACCAGAGGGCUCUGUGUGUUGGCCUGGCCAACUUCGUGGGCGAUUGGCUGAAAACAUAAACAAACGAAGUGCGAUUUUUCGAGGCCUGCUAAUUGAUAUACGAACAUGUGGCAGCUAGACUCUGGCCAGAAGGGCUUGGCCUGGCCGACAGGAAGCGGAAGCAUUUAAGCCGCACAAUGAAGUACAAACUGCAACUGUGUGGCGAUUGUGUGCGAGAAUAGAAUUUAUAUAUAUUUCUAUAUCCCAGAGGGAGUCGGCUCGCCUCCCUUCCACAGCGAGUGGGCGAGUGAGUGUGUUGGCCAAAGUGUGAUUGUGUGUGCGCCGACAGGGCAAAUAAAUGCUCCUGCAACGCUUUUUUAGCCAGUUUAUCUUAAGGCGAAAUACUGUAAAAAAUUGUAAAAUGGAUUUACGUUUCGUAUUCAUCGUUUUCCUGCUCAAGUGGACCCAUGCACAAGGUUCGCAUCCGCCGCGAAUAGUGGAGCAUCCCAUAGAUACGACGGUGCCGCGCCACGAGCCAGCCACGCUUAAUUGCAAAGCUGAGGGCAGUCCCACGCCCACCAUCCAGUGGUACAAGGAUGGGGUCCCCCUGAAGAUCCUGCCGGGCUCGCAUCGCAUAACCCUGCCAGCUGGCGGAUUGUUUUUCCUCAAGGUUGUCAAUUCACGUCGCGAAACAGAUGCCGGCGUCUAUUGGUGUGAGGCCAAGAACGAACUGGGCGUGGCAAGGAGUCGGAAUGCCACGCUGCAAGUAGCGGUGCUCCGUGAUGAGUUCCGCCUGGAGCCGCAGAACACACGGAUCGCCCAGGGCGAUACCGCCCUGCUGGAGUGCGCCCCGCCCCGGGGCAUUCCCGAGCCGACGGUCACCUGGAAGAAGGGCGGCCAGAAAUUGGAUUUGGAGGGCUCGAAGCGUAUACGCAUCGUUGACGGCGGCAAUUUGGCCAUCCAGGAUGCCCGACAGACUGACGAGGGUCAAUACCAGUGCAUAGCCAAGAAUCCUGUCGGAGUGCGCGAGUCCUCGCUGGCCACGCUCAAAGUGCACGUCAAGCCGUACAUCAUCCGAGGACCACACGAUCAAACGGUAUUGGAGGGAGCGUCGGUGACCUUUCCCUGCCGGGUGGGCGGCGACCCCAUGCCCGAUGUUCUCUGGCUGAGGACCGCCUCUGGCGGCAAUAUGCCAUUGGAUCGCGUUAGUGUUUUGGAGGAUCGAAGUCUGAGACUGGAGCGAGUAACCAUCGCCGAUGAGGGCGAAUAUAGUUGCGAGGCUGAUAAUGUUGUGGGAGCCAUCACCGCCAUGGGAACCCUCACGGUUUAUGCCCCCCCGAAAUUCAUCCAACGUCCUGCGAGCAAGUCCGUGGAGCUCGGCGCCGAUACCUCGUUCGAGUGCCGUGCCACUGGAAACCCAAAGCCGACCAUCUUCUGGACCAUCAAGAACAAUAGUACGUUGAUCUUUCCCGGGGCCCCACCGCUGGAUCGGUUUCAUAGUCUGAACACCGAAGAAGGUCACUCCAUCCUGACCCUGACUCGCUUCCAAAGAACGGACAAGGAUCUGGUAAUUUUGUGCAAUGCCAUGAACGAGGUGGCUAGCAUAACGUCCCGGGUACAGUUGAGUCUGGACUCCCAGGAGGAUCGCCCCCCACCCAUCAUUAUAGCUGGGCCCGUGAAUCAAACCUUGCCCAUCAAGUCCUUGGCCACGUUGCAGUGCAAGGCCAUAGGCCUGCCGAAUCCUACCAUAUCCUGGUAUAGGGAUGGAAUACCCGUGCAGCCCAGUUCGAAGUUGAACAUCACUACGGCCGGGGAUCUGAUAAUAUCGGACCUCGAUCGGCAGCAGGAUCAGGGGCUGUACACUUGUGUGGCCAGCUCGAGGGCCGGAAAGUCCACUUGGAGUGGCUUCCUCCGGAUCGAGCUGCCCACCAAUCCGAACAUUAAGUUCUACAGAGCCCCGGAGCAGAGCAAGUGCCCCACGGCCCCCGGGCAGCCCAAGGUUCUGAACGCCACCACCUCGGCCCUGACCAUUGUCUGGCCGACGAGUGAUAAGGCAGGAGCAUCGUCCUUCCUCGGAUAUAGUGUGGAAAUGUACUGUACGAACCAAAGUAAGACCUGGAUACCGAUUGCCUCCCGGCUAAGUGAGCCCAUCUUCACGGUGGAGAGUCUGACCCAGGGAGCGGCCUACAUGUUCAUAGUCCGGGCGGAGAACUCCCUUGGCUUCUCGCCACCCUCUCCCAUUUCGGAGCCCAUAACUGCCGGAAAACUGGUUGGGGUCCGAGACGGCAGCGAUAACUCUGGUACCUCGCAGCUGCUUCUGAGCGACGUGGAAACCCUGCUGCAGGCCAACGACAUUGUGGAAAUCUUGGAAGCCAACGCCAGUGACUCCACCACCGUGCGGCUCUCCUGGGACAUCGACAGUGGCCAAUAUAUCGAGGGCUUCUACCUAUACGCCCGGGAACUACACUCCAGCGAGUACAAGAUGCUCACACUGCUCAACAAGGGCCAGGGACUCAGUUCCUGUACUGUUCCCGGUUUGGCAAAAGCCUCCACCUACGAGUUUUUUCUUGUGCCAUUUUACAAGAGCAUCGUAGGAAAGCCCUCCAACUCCCGACGUGUCCGCACCCUGGAAGACGUCCCCGAGGCGCCACCUUAUGGCAUGGAGGCCAUUCAAUUCAAUCGCACCUCAGUGUUUCUGAAGUGGCUGCCACCGCAACCGAAUCGGACACGCAAUGGAAUCCUCACCAGCUACAAUGUGGUCGUCAAAGGCCUGGACGUGCACAAUACGACGCGGAUAUUCAAAAAUAUGACCAUAGAUGCGGCCACCCCCACACUGCUCCUGGCGAAUCUCACCACGGGAGUUACCUACUACAUUGCCGUGGCGGCGGCCACCCGGGUGGGAGUCGGACCCUUCAGCAAGCCCGCCGUUCUUCGCAUCGAUGCACGCACCCAGUCCCUGGACACGGGCUAUACUAGAUAUCCCAUCAGUCGUGAUAUUGCCGAUGACUUUUUAACACAGACCUGGUUUAUCGUCCUGCUGGGCUCCAUCAUUGCCAUAAUUGUGUUUCUAUUGGGCGCAUUGGUUCUAUUCAAGCGCUAUCAAUUUAUCAAGCAGACUUCGCUGGGCAGUUUACAUGGCAAUCACGCAAUCGGAACCGUGCGAAAGUUUCCAACAUUGCCGCUAAAUGGAGGCGGAGCUGUCGGUGCCGUUGGCUCAAAUUCGACAGCCGCAACUGGCCCCAACGGCCUCUGGAUCGAUCCCACCGGUGGCGUUUGGCGACAGGGCGACCGGGGCACUAACGGUGGCAGUGGAGGCGGCACAUGUUCGACAAAGGAGCAACUUCCGGGAUACGCACAGGCCACCGCCCAGCAGGGACAGCACCCGCCCACCCUGCUUCCCGAUUACGAGAGACUGUCGCCCCUGAAUAUGCCCGAUUAUGCGGAAGUCGCCUGCUCGACAUUCAAAAGUCCCACCCAUGGGGCACCACAGCAGCCGGUGGGCGGUGGGUCCUCGCUCUACGAUAGCUGUGGGGCCUACGCCACCACCAAUGUGGUGGCCAAUGUGAAGCUCUACCAGAACCGCUAUGCGACAAAACCGACCCAGAGCAGCAACAACAACAACCAGCAGGGCAAUGAUUACCAAUCGACUGGGAUGUAUUCGGCCCCACCGAGCGCUCAUUACGGAUGUUUGGAACAAAAACAGCAGCAGCAGCAACCAAAUGUGAUGACCACUUCCACGGCAUCCACAGCCAUUCUGACGGCCUCACCUGCCAAGCUGAAAAAGAUCAACAUAACCGAGAACCAAAUGGAUCAGAUGGAUGUGAAAACGGAGCGAACCAACCCGUUCAACCAGCAGCAGCAACUGCUCUUGGCCAGCAACGCAUUGAAACAGGGUCUGGGCGCCUAUGCCAAUACCACACUGGCGGCCCAGAUGGCGAACGGCGGCGGGGCGGGGACUCUGAGGCGGCAACGCCAACCGAAAACGCUCUACAAAAGCGAGAACAACAUUUUGGGAAAAUCCGGUUUAAGGCAAAACGCACUGAACACUAAUGCGAAUGCGACCAUGGACUUCCUCACCGGUGGUCCACCGUCGGAGGGUGGGGAUUUCUCCGGCCUGGGUCUGUGCAACUCCACCAAUCAGCUGUUGAACGACUGGGCCUCGAGUGCCUCGAUCGCGGCUCCGGGGGAUUAUCAUUUCGGGAGUAAGCAGCCGAACAAGCAGCACUUGUACGUGAAAGCCAAGGAUGGUACUUGGUCGGCAGUCAGCUCGGAUGCGUACCAGUCCUUCAAGCACCAGCAGCAGCACCAGCAACACCACCAAUUCCUGGCCGGCUCAGGUGACAACAACAAGUCCUUAGCUAGUGUCAACAGCUUAGCUGGCGAUAGCAAAUUCCUGAGUAGCUUCGGCUCUAGCUCCAAUGUCUAGGUCCUAGUUUGAAACCCAUUGAUAAAAAGCUUGAUAAAAACCAGAGAGUUGCUCAAUAAAUUAAAAACAUUUUCCCAGAGGCACAAAGAGUGGAGAUAUAGCUUUGGAAGGCAUAUCCUUUUCUAAUUUCACCUCCAUAGAACCCUCUCACAGACUCCAUCCCCCACUUAGCUAUAGACUCCCUGCUAUAUCUCCAGCAAACUCUUUCUCGGAAAGUUAAAUGAAAACCUAAAAAUGAAAAAGCAACAACGAAUGUAUGUAGAGAUACAUGAAAAUAUUGGCUUGUAAAUACAGUUCCCAUAACUCUAUAUAUAAUCGUAGAGCCUUAAAGCAUUUAAUAUAUUGCAUUUCGAGCAAGCAAAACCUUAACAUUAAUUUACACAAGAACCGAAACCGAAACCAAGUCAAAAUAGCACAGAAGUAGUUAAAGUAAGUACAGCUAGAGCCCCCAACCGAAAUCUUGCAUAGUUUUAGAAGAAACUUGAGAGUUCUUAAAAUGUGUGUUCCCACAAGGAACAAAAAAAGACAAAGAUGUUAAAGCCAAACCAGAAUACCGAACCCUAACGAACAAAAAUAAACCUAACUUAUACGACGCACGAUGCACGAUGCGAAAGAGGUAAUUAAAUGCUAAUAAUAAGGCUGUUAAAUGUAAAAUAUCAUAAAUGAUUCAAUACCAAGCGACUAAACCUACAUUUAAACCGUGUAAUUAAAGCAUUAAAAUGUAAUUUACUGACACUAGAAUUAGUUUGAAUAGCUAAAAAAAAAAUCGAAUAAAACGGAAGUAAAAGGAUUACAACCACUAUGCGUAUAGCUGAAAAAAGGUAAAAUAAAUUAAAUUAAUCAAUUAAUUGAUAAAUUAUGCAAUGAGAAAAAAAAA